CGGGGCGGGACCGCGGAGCGGCGGGGCCGGGCCGGGCCGGGCCGGGCAGGGCUGGGCACGGCUCGGAGCGGUACAGCCGGAGCACCAUGAACCGCUUCAAGGCGUCCAAGUUCCGGCACACCGAGGCCCGGCUGCCCCGCAGGGAGGCCUGGAUCAGCGGGAUCCGAGCAGGCUCUGUCCCCUCCUGUGGGAGCCAGGUGAAGGCCAGCUGCCGCUGGAUCGCCUUCAACACCGAGGCCGCCGGUGUGCUGGGCAUUGUGCCCCUGGAGUGCGAGGAUGGGGGCAAGAGGACCAUAUCUCAGCUCUGCUGCCACUCAGAUGUGGUCACAGACUUUGACUUCUCACCCUUCGAUCAGCUCUUGCUGGCCACAGGCUCUGCAGAUGAGACGGUGAAGGUGUGGCGCCUGCCCGAGGGUGGCCAGGACAUUCCUGGUGGCUCGGGGCUGACCCUGGGGCCCGGGGGGGCCCCGCUGGAUGUGCUGCAGUUCCACCCCACGGCAGACGCUGUCCUGGCCAGCGGUGCGGGGAAGAGAGUCACUGUGUGGGACCUGGGCCAGCAGCAGCCCCUGACAGUCCUGGAUUCCCACGGGGACCAGCUGCAGAGCCUGACCUGGAAGCGAGACGGGCGCCUGCUCGGCACCUCCUGCAAGGACAAGAAACUGCGGAUCUUUGACCCCCGAGCAGGCCCAGCUGCCUCCCAGAGUGUCCCGGGACACGACAACAACAAGGACUCCCGGCUGCUCUGGAUGGGCUCCAGCGAUUUCCUCAUCUCCGUGGGGUUCAGCCAGAUGCGGGAGCGGGAGGUGAAGCUGUGGGACACGCGGAGGCUCAGCGGGGCGACGCUCACCAUGGCACUGGACACCUCACCUGGGGUGACCAUCCCUCUGUACGACGCCGACACGGGGCUGCUGGUGCUGGCAGGGAAGGGAGAAAACCUCCUCUACUGCUUCGAGGUGUCCCCCACACAGCCAGCACUCACCCAGGUGACGCAGUGCCGCACAGAGGGCAGCACGCGGGGCCUGGCGGCCGUGCCACGCCUGGCCCUGGAUGUCAUGGCCUGCGAGGUGCUCCGAGUCCUGCAGCUCACUGACACCGCCCUCGUCCCUGUCAGCUACCUGGUGCCACGCAAGUCUGUCCAGGAGUUCCACGAGGAUCUGUUCCCUGACUGCACAGGGAUGCUGCCAGCCACCGAUGCCCAAGGCUGGUGGGCAGGGGACAGCCAGCAGGUGGGGAGGGUGAGCCUGCACCCUGCACGGAGACCCACGGAGACCUUCACAUCCCCCAUCAUUGCUGGCACCGGCCCCACCGACACCGGCCACACCAACACCGACACCGGCCACACCGACACCGACACUGGCCACACCGACCCCGACCAGAGUGAAGCCAGUGGCUACUCCUCACCAUCCUCACUGGCCUCACCGGGCAGCGCGGCCACCUCGCUCUCCGCCAGCACCGGCCCCUCCAGUGGCUUUGCCAGCAGCCCCAGCCAGAAGUCCCUGCAGAGCAUUUUGGGGCCCAGCUCCCGCUUCCGGCACGCGCAGGGCCGGGUGCUGCACCGGGACCAGCACCUCACCAACCUGCGGGGGCUCAGCCUCACCACGCCGGGCGAGUGCGACGGCUUCUGCGCCAACCAGCAGCGCGCCGCCCUGCCCCUGCUCUCUGCCGGCGGCCAGAUCGCCGUCCUGGAGCUCUCCAAGCCCGGCCGUCUCCCCAACGUGGCCGUGCCCACCAUCCAGAACGGCGCAGCCGUGGCCGACCUCACCUGGGACCCCUUCGACCCGCGGCGCCUCGCUGUCGCGGGCGAGGACGCCAAGAUCCGGCUGUGGCGGAUCCCUGAGGGAGGGCUGCAGGAGACCCUGCAGGAGCCUGAAGCUGUUCUCCGAGGUCACACGGAAAAGAUUUACUCCAUCCGCUUCCACCCCAUGGCAUCCGAUCUCCUGGUCUCCUCCUCCUAUGACAUGACCGUGCGGAUCUGGGAGCUGAGCGCCGGGCGGGAAGUCUUGUGCCUGCAGGGACACACGGAUCAGAUUUUCAGCAUGGCUUGGAGCCCGGAUGGGAAGAAGCUGGCAACGGUGAGCAAAGACGGACGGAUACGGCUCUACGAGCCACGGCGCAGCUCUCAGCCUCAACAGGAGGGCCCAGGUCCCGAGGGGGGACGCGGAGCACGCCUGGUUUGGGUUUGUGGUGGUGACUACCUGCUGGUGUCCGGCUUUGACAGCCGCAGCGAGAGGAGGAUCCUCCUGUACCGGGCACAGGCCCUGCCUGAAGGACCCUUGGCUGUGCUUGGUCUGGACGUGGCCCCUUCCACCCUCCUGCCCUUUUACGAUGAGGAUACCAGCGUAGUCUUCCUCACCGGCAAGGGUGACACCAGAGUCUUCCUCUAUGAAGUGACCCCCGAGCCCCCCUAUUUCCUGGAGUGCAACAGCUUCACCUCCAAUGAACCCCACAAGGGCUUCGUCUUCCUGCCCAAAACGGCGUGCGAUGUGCGGGAGGUGGAGUUUGCCCGGGCGCUGCGCCUGGGGCAGAGCACCCUGGAGCCCGUGGCUUUCCACGUGCCACGCGUCAAGAAGGAGUACUUCCAGGACGAUGUGUACCCGCCGACCCGCGUGCGGUGGGAGCCGGCCCUGGGCGCGGGGGCCUGGCUGGACGGGCAGGACGGGCAGCAGCGCCGCACCAGCCUGCGCCCCGCAGACAUGGUGCCAGUGAGUGAGGCCCCCAAAGAGGCUCCGGCUCGGAAGUUCGUCCCUGCGUCCGUGUACCUGGAGGAGAAGACAGAUGAGCAGAAGAAGGAGGAGCUCCUCAGUGCCAUGGUGGCCCGGCUGGGCAACAGGGACGACCCGCUGCCGCAGGACUCCUUCGAGGGCGUGGACGAGGACGAGUGGGCCAAGUACCUGGCACAGAUCAUUCUGGUGGGGGCCCAGGUGGUGGGACGGGCCUUCAUGCGGGCGCUGCGCCAGGAGUUUGCAGCGAGCCAGGCCGCGGCCGACGCGCGGGGCCGCGCCGAGAGGCCGCAGUCCGCCGCCGCCUCCCGCAUCAUCGGCAUCAGCCUGCAGGAAGCUCAGCAGAUCCUCAACGUCUCCAGCCUCAACCCCGAGGAGAUCCAGAAGAACUACGACCACUUGUUCAAGGUGAACGACAAAUCAGUGGGAGGCUCCUUCUACCUGCAGUCCAAGGUGGUGCGAGCCAAGGAGCGGCUGGACGAGGAGCUGCGCAUCCAGGCCAGGGGUGACACGGAGAAGGGGCGGAAAGCCGAGACGUGACUCCUGCCACCCCUGCCCCCGUGCCCCUCACCCUUAACUUAUAGGUAGCCAAUAAACACCGUGUCCUGCA